CUCAUUACCGCGCGAACACGUCAUCACUCUCCAGAGAGCAUAAACAAACAACUAGGGUUUUUCUAGGGUUUCUGAUUCUCUCUCCAAUCUCCUUAACCCGAGAGAGAGAGAGAGAGGACGAAGGCGGAGCAACCAUGUCAACAACACCUCGCCGCGGCGUCCCCGAGAUCUCACCGGAGUCACUCUCAGCCUCCGGGCGGACCGCCGAGAAGCUGAGCCUCCCGACACUGCAAUCGAAGAUGAAGUGCGAUCCAGAAGGUUACGAGACCGAGCUCACACUUCUCUACGCUCAAUUCAAGUCCUCUCUCGAGCUUUUUCAGCAACAAGCGGCUUUGAAUUUCACCUCCGUCAGCGGCGUCGCCGGCGACCCCACCGUCGCCAAGGAUCUCGGCGAUCGAGUCAUGUUCUUGGCACAUGUCACUCCAUUUUACCGUAACCAGCUGUCUCAGUUCCCCAAAGAAAUCGCCGAUUUUCUCGGCUCAGCCGCCCGGACGAUUCCGUCGUCGCUGCGAUGCCAUAUUGCUCAGGCUCUGAUUCUUCUCAUCAAUCGCAAGAUGGUUGAUAUUAGGGAGACCCUUGCGUUGUUCAUGGAGCUUCAGACAUUAGGUGACAGAGUUUUGAGAAAAUUGGCAUUCUCACAUGUUGUUCAUAGUGUUAGGCGCAUGAAUCAGAAGCAUAAGAACGAUGCAAAAAAUCGUGCUCUUCAGAAUAUCUUGUUUACAAUGCUACAGCAAGAGGAUGAAGCAAAAGCGAAACAAUCACUUAUCACUCUGUGUGAUCUUCAUAGGAGAAAGGUGUGGUUUGAUGAUAGGACAGCGAAUGCAAUAUGCACAGCGUGUUUUCAUCCAUCGUCAAGGAUCAUGAUUGCGGCUCUAUCUUUUCUUCUGGAUUAUGAAAAUAUUGAAGACGAUGAUGAUAGUGACAGUGAUGGUUCAAGCAGUGAAGAUGAUUCGGCUACUCAACAGCCACAAGUUGUUAGUAGAGAGGCUAUGUAUAAGGCACACCAUAAAGGUACAAGUUCUAGCAAGAAGAAAAAGAAAGCGAAAUUGCAGCGUGCCAUUCGUAGUAUGAAAAGGCAGCAACGCAUGUCAUCAGAAAAGAGUAAUUUAAACUACUAUUCACCGCUUAGCCAUUUGAAAGAUGCACAGGGAUUUGCUGAGAAGCUGUUUUCUCGCCUUCAAACUUGCAAUGAACGGUUUGAGAUUAAGAUGAUGAUGUUGAAAGUAAUUGCUCGAACUGUGGGGCUUCACCGCUUGAUUUUACUAAACUUCUAUCCAUACCUUCAGAAAUAUGUUCAGCCCCAUCAACGCGAUGUCACUACUUUACUUGCAGCAGCUGUUCAGGCCUGCCAUGAUAUGGUGCCACCAGAUGCAGUUGAACCAUUAUUCAAACAAAUAGUCAAUCAAUUUGUACAUGACCGUUCGCGCAUGGAGGCCAUCGCUGUUGGACUGAAUGCUGUGAGGGAGAUAUGUCUACGCAUGCCUUUGUUGAUGACGGAAGAUUUGCUGCAAGAUCUUGUCUUAUAUAGGAAGUCACAUGAGAAAGCUGUUUCAGCAGCUGCUCGUUCACUUGUUACUUUAUUCAGAGAGGUUUGCCCGUCACUUCUUAUUAAGAAAGACCGUGGCCGCUCUAGUGAUACAAAGGCAAGGCCAAAAGCAUUUGGGGAAGCAAAUGUUGCCCGAAAUGUCCCUGGUGUUGAAUUAUUACAAUCUGAUAAUGACGUGGAUGAUGACAAUGACACUGAUGGUAGUGAUGGUGAAGAUUCUAAUGAGAAUGGAUUUGGUAGUUCUUCUGAGGAUAAUAAAGAUGUAGGUGCUGUUGAAGAGGAUGGCGAUGAGGAUGAUGAUGGUGGUAGUGAUGGUGAAGAUGUUGAUGAUGAUUUUAAUAUAGAAACAGAAAGUGAAGAUGAUGAAGUAGCUGUAGCUGAAGAUGAAGAUGAUGGUAAUAGUACUGAAAAUGAUGGUGCUGUGAGUGAUAAGGAUGAUGUUGAUGGUGAUGGUGAUGAUUAUGAUGAUGAUGAUGAUGAUGAUGAUGAUCAGAGGGAAGAGGAGGAUGAGCAUGAAGAAUCCAACGGUUUGCACGAAGCUAGUGGUAAUGAGGUUGGGGGAAAGGAAUCUAAAGCGCAGAAGAGGAAGUUUUCUGAUUUUGAUGGACAGCUGAAUGCUGCUGAUACAAGCCUUCGGGCUUUGAAGAGAUUAGCGGGAGCAAAGAAGCAAGAUGCAUCAUCAGACCCAACAGAUGGCAUCCUUUCCAAUGAGGACUUCCAACGAAUCAAAGAACUAAAUGCAAAGAAGGAGGCAAGGAUUGCUUUGGCUAAGCAUGGAUUGUUAAGAAAGGGUUCAGAUGCCAAGUCAACAGCUUUUAAGGUUCCAAGUUCUGAUCAGCUUAGCGUUAAGAGAGUGGAUCCUGCCAAACUUGAAGCCCACAUAAAGAAGAAGCUAAGCAAGGAGGAAAGACUGGAAUUAAUAAGAGCAGGAAGGGAGGAGAGAGGGAAGUACCAGGCUCGAGCAGCUGUCAAACAAAAAAAGACUGGUGGCUCGAGCAAUCGGCAAAAGGAACACAAGAAGGCUAUGCCUCUUGCUGCAAAGAGGUCUAAGGUAGCAAGAUCUAAGCAAGAGAAAAAGAAAAAACAGCAGCGUUCUUCCAAACAGUUUCGUGGGAGAAAAGCAUGGAAAUGAUCUCAACUAUACCUUCUUCUUAUUCUUCUUCUUUUUUCUUUUCUUUUUUUUUCCAACUUUGUUUUUGCGUUGGUCAUUGAUCUGGAGUAUACUUUGCUCUGAGUCUACUACUAAUAUGAUUUUCAUGGUAGAGAAGAUGCAGGUUGUUUUCAAGUUUUGUUUUGUUUUGUUUUGUUUUUUUUUUUUUUUGGGUUUUAUUUUUAUUUAUUUACUUUUUAUCACAGUUAGGAAUUGAAUAAAUGCUCCGAAUAUCAAUCAAUCCUUGCCAUGUGUUUGUGAUUUGCAUUCUCA